GUUAGCUAAGGGGCGCGCUCUGCGCGGGCGCAAACCGACAGCCAUUUCCGGGCACUUUUCCGCAGCAUUUCGCAAAAGGAGGGAAUUCCGGAGUAACGAUGGCUACCUACAGCUUGGCGAACGAGCGAUUACGCGCCCUGGAAGACAUCGAACGGGAAAUUGGAGCCAUUCUUCAGAAUGCAGGUACAGUGAUCUUGGAACUUUCCAAGGAAAAAACCAAUGAGCGGCUCCUAGACCGACAGGCAGCCGCCUUCACCGCGUCGGUGCAGCACGUGGAGGCGGAGCUGUCGGCUCAGAUCCGCUAUCUCACUCAGCCUUCAGGAGUCCCGGGCAGAGCUUUGGUCUCAGGAGCUAAGCAAGACCAGCCCUACCCAGCAGGCCUGUUGACCCUGGCAGGACUCCUCCCUUCCCGGGUAGGUUUCCUUUGUCACUGAGUUGCAUCACAUGAGCCACUGGAUGGGGAAGUCCUGGGAGAGGGUGUGUAAACAAUACGAAAGCCACAGGAUAUGCUCUUAGAAACUUGACCAGACCUCAAGGGUAUGGAGCUCCAGAUGGCUGCCUCCUGAGAAAAGGAACAGGAUUGGAAGUGUUCUGAGGUCAUUAUAACAGCAACUACCAUUUACUAAACUUUUACAGUGUGCCACUCUGCAUUAUCUAAUCCUAUAACAACUCCAGAAAGUAGUUAGUUACUGUCAUCCCCAUUUUACAGAUGAGGUUAACAGAAAUUCAGUGAUAUGCCCUAGGUAAUCCAGCUAACCAAGUGGCAUAGCAAAUUCAGACUCAGGGAAGAAAUGAGGCAAGAGACCUGAUGCCUGGUUGGGGAGAUGGGAAAGGGGAGGGGUGCUUCUUUGAUCAAUCUAAAUGUC